CAGAAGUCAAAUCGAGUUGACGAGCGGAGCGCGUAGGGCUCAAUUUUAUUUUUCAAAAGUACUAACAAUGUUAUUUUAAUUUAAACAAAUAAACGACGCUAAACUCACAAAGUGAAACGUUAUUUUAAUUGGUAACAAUAACAAGAAUAAACGACGCUCAAACAAAAUCUUGGAGAAAAGUCAAAGCAGGCCACGAAUGAAGCCAAAACAUCGCGACAUCAUCGACAUCGACACCUGUUUGCUUGCAUUCCUGAGCCUGUGCAUGAACAUGUCUGUGUGUGUUUGUGUCCGUAUUCGUGUAUGUAUUCGUGCAGAUGCCUGUGUGCAAAUGUAAAUAGGGACAUGCAAACUAAUUUAAUUUUUUAAACCGUGUUUAAACAAUAAACAAUUAGUUUGCUCACUCUUGCAAUUGCAACAUUUAGCAGCCAUUCCGUUGACCACCGCGCGUCGCGCCUGCGCAAGAAGCAAGAAGCAAAACAGCUAAAAGCCCAACAACAACAGCGCAACUACGUAAACACAAACACACGAAAACCGGUUAAUGUGAGACUCACACGCACACAUACCAAUACAGAAAAUAUACUGAGUCGGUUUUUGUUUGCCUUUUUGCUUGGAAAAUAGAAAUAGAAGGAAAUACGUACACACAACAAAGCAAAACAAAAGCACCAACGAAAAGCAAAAAGAAGAAAAAUACAAGAAGAAAAAAAUCAAUUUCAAGUGGUGAAAAGUGUGAACAAUAUAAGAAAAAGAAAACAAAUCGGUAUUUAAAGCGCAAUAGGAAAAAAAAGAGUAAAUUUUUAUUAUUAAUGAUUGUGCUGUGUGCGGAAAUUGGGCUCCAAAUGUUUGUUAAGGGUUAAACACAAACAAGCAGCCGCCUUAUCGUUUAACCAAAUCGAUUGGCACAUUAAAACGAAAGUGAAUUAAAGCCACAAAUAAUUGUAACAGUAAUUGCCCAACCAACCAACCAGUUUUUACAGUCUACGAGACCUUAUCACAAAUACAAUAAACGAACGCCCGGCCACUUGUUGAUUAAACAGACUGACGCACGCAACCGCAGCAAUUUGCUUGCUCUGUAACAUGUCACAAUCUAAAAGCUAUUAAGCGGCAACUGCAACAACAAUAGCAACACUAACAAAAACAAUAAAAGCGAAAUGGCAACCAACAAUAAUAACAACAGCAGUGCGGUGGCAAGUCCCAGGGAUUCGAUGGAGGGUCACGAUGAAGUCGACUUCGUGUUGACAACCACGCACAACAAUAACAACGACUACGAUGAUUUAAGCAGCGCCAGCGGAGCGAUUAUCAGCGCCAAAGCAACAACCACAAACACCACAGCAACAGUCACACCAAACAAUGAACCAAAUGUCACCAACAGCAACAACAGCAACACUUUGAAGAAGUCAAAGGAGCGUCGCACACUCUUCCAUUUCGGCAGCAAGAAAUCAACCAACAAAUCACAAACCACAGAGUCGGAGGCAGUUCCUCCAACCACGGCAACCACAGGCAGCUUGCUGCUGCCACCGACGCCUCCAGUGCCAAUUGGAACACCGCCUAGGCAGCAUAAGUUCGUGAAGAGCAGCAGCAUUGCCCGGCUGCUGGGGAACACUUACAAUGCUAGGAAGUUCGAGCGGCAGGAGCAGAAGCGUCUGGCGAACGAGGCGAGCGGCAAAUUUCAUACAUUCAGCGGUCGCCAGCGUGGAGCUGGUCCGUAUCUGGAGCGUUUCAAGCGCAUGGCCAAGGAGGAUGGCGACAUUGCCGGCAGCGAUGACACCGUGCAAGUGACCAAUGUGAUGACGCUGACGACAGACUCGCGGGAUCUGCAGUAUGGCAGUCGACAGGAGCAUGUGGGACGCAGCGAGGAUCAACUGAGUACCAAGGCGAUGCGCACGCUGACUCGCGGUCUCGGCAAGCUCUGGUGGAAGCGAACACACAGCGUCGACAUUAGCACACCAGAUCCGGAGUAUAAGGUGUCGUAUUUGGGCAAUGUGCUAACCGGUUGGGCCAAGGGCGAGGGCUGCGUGGAGAAGCAGCUGAAUACGCUGUGGCGCAAUUACACACAGCAUUCCAAGCCGGAUGUCAUCAUGCGUGUGAAGGUCUGUGCCUCAGGACUGAAGGCAACCACUAGACAACAUGGACUCACCGAGUACUGGGCCAAUCGCAUCACCUAUUGCUGUGCACCCAAGAAUUAUCCGCGUGUCUUUUGCUGGAUCUACAGACACGAGGGCAGAAAACUGAAGCACGAGCUGCGCUGUCAUGCUGUGCUCUGCAGCAAGGAGAAGAUUGCUCAGGAUAUUUGUGAGACACUAAAGGACAACUUGGAAAGCGCAUUGCGGGAAUUUAAACGCGAGAAAAUUCUCAAACAAAAUGCGCGUCUCAGUCUGGCGAAUGCCGUCUACGACAAUCCCAGUCUGCCGCGUCGCAAGAUCAUGCUGAGCGUGGGCGGCAACAAUUACAGACCACCACUGGAGCGCUCCAAAUCGGCGCCCAAGCUGAUGGCCAUCGAGGAAGCCAUUGGCGAAGAGGAGGGCGACGAAAUCGAGGACACCAACGAGCCUGAAAUGAAGUCCUGUUGCCAACGCGACUCCCUGUAUCCGGCCAUGACGUUGGGCCGUAGACGCUGUCGUCGUGGUCACUCCAUUCGACGCACGGGCAAAAUACAAGCGGCGGUCAGCUGCUGCUCACAUCAGGCAGAAGCAGCGCUAGUGCCAGAGGGGGAUGCACACAGCAGCACACCUGGCACACCAGUUGUCAACGAUGGCUCCGACUCAGAUGAGUUUGAGAAGCUGCUGAAGUUCGACACGACGCUGAGCAACGAGCUGCUGCCGUACUUUGACAUGCUGCACAAAAACAGCAGUCAGAGCCUGGGAAGUCUCAGUGAGCUGCACGUGGAACCAGUGCCAGAGUCUGAGGAGGUAGAAGACGAGGGCGAACCGCUUAGCUUAUUGCCCACCAUAAACAGUGAUCCUAGCGCUGAUCCGCAAGCUGACUACGACAACGAGGAUGUUGUGCAUCUACGUCGCUCGGGUGUCUGCAGCGAUGGCGAAGAGGAUUACCUGGACGAUGCUGAUGAUCACUACUUUCGGCAGGCAGCCAUGCUCACCAUGCUGCACCGCAGCUCAAUGCGCAAGCGCAAUAGCGAUCAGGCGAGCCUGCAGUAUCGCCAUCAAGCGCAGUCAUCCAUCUCUUCGAAUGCUUCCAGCUCAACGACAGCCAGCGGCACAGCAGCCCAAGGCGCUGCAAUGGGAACGCAACAGUGCCUGGCGAGUCCGGACAGCGAUGAGGGCUCCAUAUCCAGUGGUUGCGAGACGGCCAGCACGGUCACAAAUGCCAAUCAGGAGGAGUACAAUAAGACGCAAAGCAACAACAAUGCAGUACAGCAUCAGGUGCUCGAACAGAUAUUGAUCUACCAAAGACUGGAGGAGUCGAAGCGCAGACAGCAACUGCGCCACAACAGCGACGCCACCAACUACAGCAGCUCCAGCAGCAUCACCCUUAAGCACAACUCUUCAUCCCCAGCCGAAUCCCUAAACGAUCUUGAGGUAUCUGAUCCACAGAAGCCAUUGGAAGCCGAUGUCGAUGGCGAUGGCGGCGUGUCGGACGAUGACUCGGAGUGUAGCGACGAGAGCGGCUAUGUGGAGUACCAGGAAAAGGAACGCAACCAGGCGAAUGCUGGCGUCAUUGCGCCCGUUGUGGCGCCCGUUAAGCCACAGUUGCCACCCAAGCCAGCGCCAAGGCGUUCGCUUAACGGAGUAGUUGCCGCCAAGGUCGCUGUCGAGCGACAGGCAAUUGCAGCUGGGGCACGGACAGGAACAGGAACAGCUGUCUGAAGAAUUUGUGCCGCCCGAAAGUAUGCUUUAAAAAAGGAGUUUCCGCCUUCACUUUGUUAUUUCUACGCACACGUCAACCACACCAAAAGCAAGAAAAGUGCAAGAAAUUGAUGUAAUUAAAAUGUAGUCGUAGCUGUAGUCUAAUUGUUAAGCUAUAUUUAGAAGAUAUGUACAUUAUAUGUAAGUCAUCUGUUGUUGGUUCAUCAUGCAAGGAAAUAACCUAACGAUAUUAUUGUGUAAAUGUUUCUUGUUUGCGCAAAUCAUUUAUGUAACUAAAAACUAUUCAAUUACAAUUACAAAUACGUUUACAUAUAUUUAUAGUUGUCUUAUGUCUUGUUGCGAGUUGCAAGCGCAAUUUGUAACAGAUCGGUAUACUUAUUCAUAUACAUAUUUGUUUUGUUUAGAGAGUCCCUUUUCGACCUCCUUGAAAAAUGCACACUAAUUUCUUUGUUUUGAUCGGGCUCCCAUGCACUUGCCCCCCGAAGCGAAUUUAUAUGAUAUGAACUCUGUAAAUAAAGCAUGUACUAUAUGUAAUUCAAGAAUUGUAUCUACUUAUAUAAAUUAUUAUCAUAUUGGAAAUAUAUGCA